CCAAUUGUAUUUUCUUUUUCUUUUCUGUGGGAAAAAAGUGUGAUGUGGAAGGAACUUUUCCCCCCAAUUGAAGGAAUAAGGGAGGGGAGAAAGCUAAAUAAAUUAAUGAAAUCAAAAGGAGAAGAAAAAGACAGCCCCCUCGCCACUGGCACCGCACUCUUGACUCUACACAACCAUUUCCACACACACACACACUCAAGAAAGAGAGCCAGCAAAUGCGUUGAAUUUUGCUUGAUUCCUGUUGAAAUCUGGAAAACUUUUGAGGUAUCGAGAUAUUUGACGAGGGAGAAAUCGAGGGAAAAAGCCAUUUUCAGUGUAGAUUUUGGGAUUGAAACCUGGUAA